GAUACUGUUUACAAAAUAAUACGCCGUUUACAAACACUGUUCACCACUGCCUCGUGGCAUUGCUAUGAUUAUUUAGAAAAACUAUGAGGGAUAAUAAGCUUGUGAAGGUUUUCCAAUGGAACGUCCUUCACUUAUUGCUGACGAUUGCCGGUACGCAAGGUGUUUUCUUGCUGACAUCUGACAAACAAUAUGCACAACUUCAAGGUGAUAUAACAUUAACCUGCAACACGAGUGAUAGUGAUGUAUCGGUUGAGUUUAAUAAAGAUAACAAAUAUGUAGGAAGAUGCAUAUUUUCUUGUGAGACAUUGAAUGCAACCAAGUUCAGUGUGAACAAAGUGAACAAAACGGAGCAUGUUGGAUACAGCAUAUUCACCUUAACGGUGAAGAAUUUUGAGGUGAACGACGAAGGUUCUUAUACAUGUGCAACCAAAGAGCAAUCGCAGGUCUCUAACAUACAAAUCACGUAUGCAGGUAACUUUAGAUUUAACAUUACAUCAGUGACACUAACUCCAAGGACGGAUCCUAUAUCGGUGAUUGAAAAUGUCACACAGCGUUUCCGCUGUGAAACGUCUAGAUGUCGUCCGGAUGCAUUAAUAACGUGGUUUCUUGGCUCCACACAGCUUACUGCUGCAAUUGAGUCCAGCACCUCACAAGAAGUCACUACCAGUACAAUUGACCAUACCCCACAGAAAAACCAACAUGACAUGAACAUCUUCUGUCGUGGAGAUAAUGGUGGUCAACUACAGACAUCUGAACAACCCAGGCUUAACGUUCUUUAUGGACCAAAUGAACCAGUUUGUAAACUAGGUGGAUUACCUUUGUCCUCUGCUGUAACAGUAAAAGAAGGCUGGGAGUUCCGCUUAGACUGCAGCAGCGACGGAAAUCCGUCACCAAGCUUUUCCUGGACGCACCCUGGGGAUGGACCAUCUUAUCCUCUCUUCAUACGCAGCAUCAACAGAACACACGCUGGAAUAUUCAGGAUAAUAGCAAGAAGCAACUUGAUCCCAUCAGAGCAAAAGGCAGUUAAUCUCACCAAGGACAUUUAUGUUAAAGUCGAGGUUCAAUAUCCACCAGAUCUACCGAGCUGCCGCGUCGGAUCGACUGCCGUAUCAUCAAACAUCAUAUCUGCAAUACGCGGAAAUACUAUCACAAUCACCUGCUCAUGUGAUAGCAACCCGUCAUCCACAUACUCGUGGUCUCUUACCGGAGUUUCCACCACAACUUCUGGCCAAAGUCUUGACCUCCUCGUUCAGAAAGCGACUACGAUAACGUUGACCAUGAAAAACAGCAUGCAGUUUACAAACAAAAGCACUGAACAGGGGAGACGCCAGUCGCCAAUCAACGUCCAAGUUCUUUUCCCACCGAGAACACCUAUUUUUCACCUCGGACGAAUGACCGGAGCAAUAAUAACAGACAACACACUGAACGUCAUUCGGGGCAAAGUUACCACCGUGAUAUGUGAGUCAUCUGCCAAUCCACCUCCCACCUAUACUUGGAAUGGAAACAACCAUACGAUGACGUUUACGCCUACAGUUGACGAAACAAUGUCCUGUUGUGUUCGCAACAAAAUGGUUACGACGGGAUACGGAACAGUGUCGGGAAACAACUCAUCAGUUCUUAAGGUCAACGUUUUAUUUGCACCAACUUUUCCGACUUUCCACUUCGGAGGCCGAACCGGAGCAAACAUAACAGGUAACUCUUUGUCUGUUAUUCGGGGAAACAUUACCACCGUCACGUGCGAGUCCACCGCAAAUCCAAUGCCAGCCUACACCUGGAAUGGAGACAACAACACAUGGACGUUUUCGCCGACGGGUGACGAAAAUAAAACAUGCACUGUGCGCAACAGUAUGGUUACUACUAGGAACGAAACAGUGUUCGGUAACAACUCAUCAAUUCUGAACAUCAACAUAUUGUACCCACCGAGUACACCUACUUUUCACCUCGGAGGCCGAGCCAGAGCAAUAAUACCAGACAACACGCUGAACGUCAUUCGGGGCAACGUUACCAUCGUGUUAUGUCAGUCCUCUGCCAAUCCGUCUCCAACUUAUAAGUGGAAUGGAAACAACAAUACGUUGACGUUUACGCCUACAGUUGACGAAAACAAAACGUGCAGUGUUAACAACAGUAUGGUUACGACGGAAUACGGAACAGUGCCGGGAUACAACUCAUCAAUUCUUAAAGUCAACGUUUUAUUUGCACCAACUUUUCCUACAUUCCACUUCGGAGGCGGAACCGGAGCAAAUAUACGAGGCAACUCUUUGUCCGUAAUUCGCGGAAACAUUACCUCUGUCACGUGCCAGUCCAUCGCCAAUCCAAUGCCAGCCUACACUUGGAAUGGAAACAACAGGACAUGGACGUUUACGCCGACGGAUGACGAAAAUAAAACAUGCACUGUGCGCAACAGUAUGGUUACUACUAGAAACGAAACAGUGCCCGGAUACAACUCAUCAAUUCUGAACAUCAAGAUAUUGUAUCCACCAAGUACACCUUCUUUUCACUUCGGAGUCCCGGGUGGAGAAGUAAUACCAGACAACACACUGUACGUCAGUCGGGGCAACAUUACCAGCGUGAUAUGUCGAUCCUCUGCCAAUCCACCUCCUACCUAUACUUGGAAUGAAAACAACCAUACGUUGACAUUUAAGCCUACCGAUGACGAAAACAGAACUUGCAUUGUGUACAACAGUAUGGUUACGACGGAAUAUGGACCAGUGUCUGGAUACAACUCAUCCGUUCUCAGUGUCAGCGUAUUAUAUCCACCAGGAACGCCUGACCUCAGCUUUCCAUCCUGCCUUGGCGAGCCAAUUACUGUGAACACGUCAAUUAAGGUCAUACAGGGACAACCGGUAAAUGUGACCUGUAGCGCCUCGAGUAGGCCCGCCCCGACCUACAGUUGGUCAAGACACCAAUCGAAACAAAGCAACGUGAUGUGGAUACCAAAUGCACAAACGUCUCAUCAAGGAACAUACACGUGCAAGGCAGAGAAUAUCAUGGAUUUCACAUUCGGUGGACCUAUUGGCACAAAUAGCUCAAAGCACUUUCAUCUUGAAGUUCUCAUGCCUCCUAUGGUAAAUCCGCUGACAAACGUCGUGGUACUUGAGCGAGGCAAUGUUUCUGUGGUUUGUCAGGUAACUGAUGGUGUUCCGAACAAGACCGAGUUUAAAUGGGAGAAAAUGUCUGAUAUGACCCCUAUCUCAAUGGAGCAGACACUGAGCAUCGACAAUAUUGAUCGAAAACAGGGUGGGAACUACACAUGUACAGCUUCAAACCUCAUGAGACCUACAGGAUGUAACGCAACCGUUGGCAACAGUAGCAACACAGUAAACAUCGAUGUACAAUAUGAGGCAGAAGUGACGAAUUUUACAGUAUCGAAUUUUAAUCACGGGCAAAACAUUGAAGUAGAUGAAAACACGCAAGUCAUAUUUUAUUGCCAAGUUCAGAGUAAUCCCUUAUCAAAUAUAUCGAUGUUAAAGGAAACCCAAGAUUUAAAGACUGCCAGUCACACAAACGAUUUGGAAUUCACGAUCAGCAAAAGUGUAUGUGAGGACGAAGGUACUUACCAUUGCACAACACAAUAUGCACACAAUACUGAAGCUGAUAUUAGGUCCUUGACGCUAUUCGUAAGAUGUGCUCCUCGUGCAUCAUCGUUGGCCUCAAGAAACCAGAGCAUUACAAGAUCUACCGGAGUGCCUGCAGUAUUCACUCUAAAGCUAGUAGCUUUCCCACGGCCACGAGUGGCGGACAUUAUUUGGGAAAAAAAUGUUUCAGAUCGGAACACGUGGGUUAUCGUUCGUAAUGACACAGAUAUUGACAUACUGAUUUCUGAAGACGGACUUCAAACUCAAUUAUCCUUUAGUUCCGUAAAGGAAGACGAUUUCGGUUAUUACCGCGUACAUGUCAACAACGAACUUGGAAAUUAUACAGAAUCGUUUAGACUGCAGGCGCAAGAGCAUCCGCAUUCUCCUUCCAGUCUGCAACACUUCCAAAAGGCCACAGUUGACACGAUACAUAUUGAAUGGACACCCGGAUUUGAUGGAGGUCUGCCCCAAACGUUUUACAUAGAAUACAGGGAAGUUGGAGCGUCUGUUUGGAGGGAGGAAAGAGGCAUCGCUGGACAAAUCAAUUACACUAUAGUUGGAUUAAAUCCAGCGACAAUGUACGAGAUAAGAGUCUAUUCCACAAAUGACAUUGGUAGAUCAAAUGCAUCAGAGGCUAUAACAGCUAGCACAUUGAAAACCCCGGAAAGCGGCAGACCACCUGUGGUGCUUAUAUCAGUGUUAGUUAUCGUUGUAUGUGUAGUCUUUGCGGUCGUUGUUAUAAUAGUGGUAAUCAAAAAAAGAUUGAAAGGGAAAAAUACAGCAGAUAUGGACCGAUUAACUAUGCACCAUAACCUACAAUCGUUGGGUAACCCUAACACGGACGGGACGGACGAUGACGAAGAUGACGAAGUGAUUAAUCCGAUAUAUGACGGAGGUAAUACUAUACAGGACGAAAUGAACAAGACGGAGGCUCUUUAUUCCCAGCCUCAAAAGAAAAAAGCCGUCAGCGUGGCAAGCGGAGUCGGUGACACCUAUGCUGUCGUGAAUAAAAAACCAAAAGGUAAACCGGGAACGAAACAUCCGUCAAAACCAAAGAAGAAAUCCACGAACACCGAAGAUGUAUACGAAAACGUUGGAUAUCAACGUGGAGCGACUGGUUCAACCACAUCUCAUGGUAUUGAUACCUAUGAGAAUCACGAUGUGCCUCUGGCAAGGAAAGCAGCUAAGAGGAAUGUAAACGCAGAUGGACUGAUAUAUGCAGAUCUUGAGUUUCCAAACCUCCCAAAGGGACAACAGCGAUUUGUCAUCCACGGUUCAGAUAACAUGACAGAUUACGCCACAGUGGACUUGACCAAGAAGGCGGAACCAUUACCUGAAAGCGACGACGAUGAGAGUAAAUCGCCAUCGAAAUAAUGAUACAUCAUAUAGCCACAAAGACCAGUGGUGUUAUCGAUAUGCCCCUGGACAUGCACCUCUACUAAAGACUGAGAGUAUAAGAGUUUGAAUGCUGCUGUUGGCGUUUGUUUUCUUCGACUUGUAUUGUAUUCUUUUAUUUUAUUUUUUUAUAUAUUUGUUCAUGUUUUAAUUAUCACCUCGGUAUGUUUUUUUCAAAAGUUUAAAAAAAGUAUAAUAUCUGAUUACAUCAAAACAGCUCCAAUCGGGCCUUUAAGCAUUCUAAGGAGAAUUAUUUGUAUGGAUAGCUCAUAUAAUUAUCUAGGCAUUUUAUAAGUUGUAUAUUUUUAUGCCCCCGAAGGUGGGCAUAUUAAAAUUGCACCGUCCGUCCGUCCGUUCGUCCGUGUUUCCGGCUCAAUAACUCGUGUCCGGGCUGUAACUUUCCCUUGUUUGGACAGAUUUUAAAAUAGCUUGCCACAUGGGUUCCACAUACCAAGACGAUGUGUCGCGUGCAAGACCCGUGUCCCUACCUCUACGGUCAAGAUCAAACCUAGUAUUUAUUCAUAAUGGAGUGCUGCAUAUAGGACAUAGAGUAUAGAUUGUCGUGUCCGGGCUGUAACUUUCCCUUGUAUGGACAUAUUUUAAAAUAACUUGCCACAUGUGUUCCACAUACCAAGGCGACGUGUCGCGUGCAAGACCCGUGUCCUUACCUCUAAGGUCAAGGUCACACUUUGUGUUUAUUCACAAUGGAGUGCUGCAUAUAAGGACAAAGAGUAUAAGUUGUAGUGUCCGGGCUGUAACUUUCCCUUGUAUGGACAAAUUUUAAAAUGACUUGCCACAUGUGUUCGACAUACCAAGACGACGUGUCGCGUGCAAGACCCGUGUCCCUACCUCUUAGGUCAAGGUCACACUUAAGUGUUUAUUCACAAUGGAGUGCUGCAUAUAAAGACAUAUUGUAUAGGUUGUCGUGUCCCGGCUGUAACUCUCCCUUGUAUGGACAGAUUUUAAAAUAACUUACCACAUGUGCUCCACAUAGCAAGACGAUGUGUCGCGUGCAAGACCCGUGUCCCUGCCUCUAAGGUCAAGGUCACACUUAGGUGUUUAUUCACAAUGGAAUGCUGCAUAUAUAAGGACAUAGAGUAUAGGUUGUCGUGUCCGGGCUGUAACUUUCUCUUGUAUGGACAAAUUUUAAAAUGACUUGCCACAUGUGUCUGACAUACCAAGGCGACAUGUCACGUGCAAUACCCAUGUCCCGAACUCUAAGUUCAAGGUCAUACUUAAUGUUUAUUCACAAUGGAAUGCUGCUUAUAAGGACAUAACCGUGUAGGUUGUCAAGUAUGGGUGGUAUUUUUUAUGUUUAGAGGCAAUUCAAAAUAACUUGCCAUAUGUAUUUGACACGUAAAGGCAAGAUCAACUUUUCAUGUACUGACCUUGUUCAUAGGUCAAUGUCACAUUCGGGGGCAUUCGUCACAUACUGUGACAGCUCUUGUUCUGUUAAAAUUUGAAAAUCCAUAUGAAAUAUUUACAAGUUUUGAAAUGAAUGCAUUUUCGUUUUUUAAUGCUUAUUAUUCAUAUGUUGCUUUGUUUGAAUGUGAUUUAUGUGUUGUUGUCUUUUGUUAAGUUGUAACAUAAACUUGUAAGCUUUGUUAUACUGAUUGCUAAUAAUGAUCAUAUUUUAUUUUUCGUGUCUCACAUUUAAACCUUUUCUGUUAUCGUUGUAUGUAUACGUUUGAUUGCAUGAAUAUUUUGAGUAUGUAAUGAAGAGUACGUUUGUGUUAAAAGUACCUAAUAAAUGUAGUGAAUCUGAA